ACCAGCGUGCUUUCUGGUGGUGGUCAUUGGUUUGCUCUGGACACUGAGGAUAGAGUUUCAUGGUCGUCGCAGUACAAUAGCCAACUUCACAGUCAACCAGUAAAAUAUAGGAGGAAAUACAAUGGCAGCCGCGGUACAUGGACUAAAAGAAAGAUUUGACAAGUUUCUUCAUGAAAAGAACGUCUUGACAGAUGUUUUGGCAAAAAUCGAAUCUAAAACUGGAAUAAACAGGUCGUACAUCGCAAUCGCUUUACUCUUCUUUCUCGCAAUUUACCUUGUUAUUGGGUAUGGAGCCUCUCUACUGUGUAAUCUCAUCGGAUUCGUCUAUCCUGCCUACAUAUCAAUCAAAGCCAUUGAAAGUCCGGCUAAAGACGAUGACACAAAAUGGCUAACCUACUGGGUGGUGUAUGGAGUGUUCAGUGUGGCAGAGUUCUUUGCUGACAUCUUCCUGUCCUGGUUUCCAUUUUACUACAUGGGAAAGUGUGGCUUCUUGCUGUGGUGUAUGGCUCCCACCCCUUCCAAUGGCUCCAUCCAAAUAUACACACGAAUCAUUCGCCCCAUCUUCCUCAAGCACGAGGCCAAGAUCGAUGUGAUGGCUAAGGACCUCAAGGACAAAGCGUCAGAGGCAGCAGACAAAUUCAAAGAUGAAGCCAAAAAGGCCACAGCCAACAUCAUGUGGGAGGAGGGAAUGAAGAAGGCCUCCUAAGACACGGAGCGCAACGAUCCAAUUUCAACAGCGCCACCAUCAUCAUCAUCUCCUCUGAAGUGGACUGUGUUGCACAGCUUGAUAAAUGUUGCCUUAGAUUUUUUUUAUUGUUUUUUAAAUUAUCUGAAAGAUAUUAUCUUGGCCUUGCAGACUAUGUCUGUGGAAAAAAAGAUGCGAUGAGAUUGUCAUAUUUCUGAACGUUAGGUCAAGCUGUUUUUUCCAAGACAAUUUAAACCUCUACCUUCUUUGCGUAACCUUAUAAGAUGUAAUACCAGUGAUGUUGUGCCCCUUCCUGCAAUGCAUUUAAUGCCCAAAUAAAAAUGAAAC